AUGACUCCACAAGACUCCACUCCACUCCACUCCACUCAGCUUUUUACCCCAAGCCUCACUGGUACGCAGUACAAAACAAAGAUGGCUGCCAGUGACUUAAAAGAAUAUCCAUUGGGCUCUCCUCUGGUGCUCAUCAAAAAUUGUGAAACCCAUGACUUACCUAUUGAUAUAACAUGUGAGGAAUGUGAUGAAUUCAUUUGUGCAGAGUGUGCAAAAACAGAUCAUAGAGAUCAUGAUUGGAAAACUCUUUCCACAGCAGCUACCGAGAAGAGGAAAGGUCUACUGACAUUUCUGAAAAAGAUCAAAGAGGACGAUCUGCCUAGGGUUGAUGCAAAAAUAGAGAAGAUUUCACAACAGAUCACAGAAAAUAAACAACUGUGUGACUCUGAGAUUAAAAAGCUACAGAAGCAUUUUGAUGAGAUAAUGGCCAUAAUGACAGAUAUUAAAAAAUGCCAUGAAAAAACUCUUAAAGACAAUUUGGUUCAAAAGAAUGAUCGACUGAACCAUCUGAAAUCUGAGUUAGACAAGAAGAGAAGAAUUGUUGAGACAGUGGAAUUCAUGGAGGAGAACAACAGCACCAUGUCAGAUUACAGCUUGCUUGACAACCAUAGAGAACUGACAAAAAUGCUGUCUGAAUUGAAGGUUCAUAUGACAAACUGUGAACAUUCAGUAAGGUUCACUAGAGGUGAAAUCAAUGAUGUCUUACUUGAGUCUUUGGUUGGAAAAAAUUAUGGAUUUAGAUGA